CCGCUAAACUAUAAUAAAACUCUGUGGCUAGCAUUGUCGUACCUGUGCAGAAAUGUAAUUAUCAUAUGAGAAGACUACGACCACGUGGUGACAUCACACCAGGAGACAACUCUAGCAUAACCAUAAAAUGACUUCAAAGAAAGCUGUCUGUGUCAUAACAGGUGCCAGUCGUGGUCUAGGUGAAAGUAUUGCUCUCAAUUUUGCUCCUAAAUUUUCAGAUGGAUCAGUCAUUAUUUUGAUGGCACGAAACAAAUCAGCUUUAGAUAAUGUUCUACAUCGUGUGCAGGAAAAAGCUCCAACCGUGUGUGUCAUCGCAAAAGAAUAUGACCAGGGCUCGCUGGACAAUGAAUUAUUUUCGUCAAUCCUCUCGAAUGCACUUGAAGAGGCCGGCGUUCAGCCAGCGGAUUUUGAGCAAGCACUUCUUGUGAACAAUGCUGGAAGCAUCGAGCCCUUAGUUUAUAUUCGAAAUCUGCUAGGAGUGAAUGAAAUCAGCAAAUACUUCAACAGUAAUGUGGCGGGUAUGAUAGCGUUAACCUCUACGUUUGUGAAAAUAUUUCCAGCCACACUGGGAGUUGAUCGACUUGUAAUAAACAUCAGCUCAUUAGCUGCUGUUCAGCCGCUAAAAAGUCUUUCGUUAUACUGUGCAGGAAAAGCAGCACGAGACAUGUUUUUUAAGGUGCUUGCAGCAGAAGAAGAAAAUAUUCGUGUCUUGAAUUAUGCCCCAGGCCCGCUAGUUACUGACAUGGCGGAUGCAAUCAUAAACACUGCUGAAGAUGAUGAUUUACGUCAUUCAAUGGGAGAUGCCAAGGCCAGAAACAACCUUCUGACAUGUGACAUGUCUGUUCAAAAGUUACUCCAAGUUUUGGAAAAAGACACCUUUCAAAAUGGUUCACAUCUAGAUUAUUAUGAUGUCUGAGUUGACUGGAAAUUACCAGAGAAAAUACAAAAAUGUUCAGAGGAUACCAUCUGCAAUCAUCAUGCCCCAGCUUUUAUUAAUGUGCAUUGCAACACAGCUCUAUAGACCACAACCUUUAAGCUGUGUAGGAAGAAGCAGCCAGCCAGUCAGCCUAGCAGUUAAAGCAAGGCCUCUAACACGUGGAGUAAACACUCGUACCUGAACUGACCCAGCUGUUUGAUAGAUACCAACUGGGAAAAGAAAAACAGUGUAAGGGAGAGAUUAACACUGCAUUCACAAGGUGUUUCCAAGAUAAGUGCAAUAUCAAACACUUCAUUUGCUGGAAAGUGACAUAUUAAGAGAUCACCUGUUUACAUAGUUUAGUCCUUUUUAUUCCUCGAGGAGCAUAGGGCCACAACACCUUGCCAGCGGAUCUGGUUUUGGGCAGUCCCCUUUAGUUGGGCCCAUGUUGUUCUGACGUCCUUUGCCUCGCUUUCUUUUGUUCUUUUGAAGUCUGCUUUGGUCUCCCAACUCUCUUCUUCCCCUGAGGCUUCCAGUCAAGUGCCUGCUUGGCAAUGGUGUCAGCUGGGUUUUUUUUUCAACCUUUUCAGACUAGUGGUUUCGAUGUAAGAACAUCUCUAUCAAAACAUCUUUUUCCCAUUUUUAGGUGUGUAUUUACACAUCAAUUUUGUUUCUUUUUAUUAUACCAGUUUCCCAAGUAUCAUUUUUAAUAUAUGCUUUGGGGUUUACAAAAAAAUAAUUUGCAUUAUCAUUUCAAAAUUAAUUUGAUCUGAAUGGAUGAUGUAGGGGUAUAAUGUUUGGAGUAGACAAGUUUUCAAGUAGUUAUAAGGUAUGCUGAAUAUUGAGGCUUACUAAGGGAAUUUCAGGAAACAAUGUCAGAUAAUUGUGCUGUGGUAUUCACUGUAGCUUUUUGUAUUGCUAAUUUUCUUCUCGCUGCUCACCUUUAUGAGUUUAUAUAUUACUAAUGCCUUAUGAAGCAUUCCAAUUCAUGUUUAAAUUAUGAUGAUGAUGUAAGUAAAUGUGUAUAUAUAUUACUAAUACCUUCUGAAGCAUUCCGAUUCAUGUUUAAGUUAUGAUGAUGAAAGUACAUUUUAAAGAGGAAAGCAUUAGUUGAAAUUUCUGGUUGGUGGUGUUUUUGUUUUGUUCAUGCUUCUUGAUAAAACAAGGAAAAUAACUUUUGAUUUAUACAAGGUUUGUUGUUACCUUUGAGUGGUCAAAUGCACUUUGGUAUUUGAAGGCAUGGAAGUUUACAGUAAGAAUGUGAUAUUCCUGUAGAUCAUAAAAAAUAAAAGCACAAAUUUACAUGAUGUAAGAUGCCUUGAUAAGUACUGAGGAACAUUUAAUGACUCAAAUUCUUACAAAGUUUUUGUAAUGGAUUUUUUCUAGUCUUGGAGUCAAUUCAAAUUAUGCAUUUAAUUUUUGUUUAAAUGAUUUGGCUUUAUUUUAACAUUUUAAACUGUUCACUAUUUCUUGAUUUUGCAUUUAUAUUUAAUAUGUAUCAGGGAUAGGUUUUGGGAUGCUCGUGGUCAUUUUGAGAUCUCUAAAUGCAAACGUUUGAAAGACAAACAUGCUUAUUAAAAUCAGAAAUAGUGUACCCUG